UGCAGAAAGAACCCUACCAGAGGCUAUUAGGAGAACAAUUCUUGAAGAGCACUCUCUUAGGAGAACAAUUCCUGAAGAGCCCUCUAGUUCUCGUCCUUGUAGCAGAAAUAGGAUUGUCCAAGAUGAGGUUUUCGCAAGACCUGCAACCUUUCCACGAAAAAAGAUUAAGAAGAGGAUAAUUUUUGCAGACUUGGUAUCAAAGGAAGGAUUCACAUGGAUUCUCAAAGAAACUGGCGUUUUCAUUAAGUUUCUUCCUGAAGCAGUAACAGAUCCAAGAUUGAUCACAUUUUUCAGUUCCAUUGAAGUAGCCUUAACCCAUAGUGCAAAGUGCUCGAGAGGUUACGAGCUUGUUAUGAAGGAGAUGACCGAUACAGAUGGAUGGAGGGAUCUAGAAACCUCAGAGGUGCAACCAUCAGAUCUCCUUGAUGAACAUUCUGGAUGGCAAAGCAAAUUACCGUUAGUGCGGGGCAAGAUAACAAGCUUUUCUCGUUAUGCCGUGAUUUACCGUCUAAAGACAUUUCGAUUUCAAAAAGAGACGUCCACCAGAUGCCAUAAAUUUGAAUGCAGCGUGCCAGACUUCCCAGGCGUUAGUGUAUCGAUUCCAGAAACUUCCCUUCCUUCAGAGCCAGACUUCAUGUGUACAAUAAAGGUGGAAGAAGUUUCAAUCGGUAAUUUCGAAGGAAGUGGCGUCCUUGUUGGUCCAAUCCUACAUCUGUUAUGUAAUUCGUCAGACGAAGUCAAAGGACGUGUCUCUAUAAGCAUACCCCUUGCCUCACAACAAAAGCUGAUUGACUACGAAAAAAUGCCAACUGGUCGUGUAAGAGUAUUUUCGCGAGGUGGAGAAGACAAGUUAUGGGAGUGGAUGAAUAUCCUGAACGAAUUGUACGAGCCACCAAGAUUAAACAAUGGAAUUGUGAACUUUCGACUGAAUGGAAUCAAGAAAUCUCAAAUCAAUCAGAACAUACAAUAUUGGGCAAAGGUUAAUUUUUCUGAGGAACGUGUGAGUGGUAAAGAACGUUUCGUCGAUGAUUCCUUCAGGCCUCGAGAAGUAGGGUUUCUGGCUUUCUUGUGUAAUCAACGACAUCUGGAAAUAAAAAAGCUAAUUCUGUGCUGUUUCCCGCUUCAUAUGAAAAGUGAACUCAAAAGAGAUAUAUCCUCGAAGUAUGAAGUUUUCCGGCAGGGUGAAGGCAACUCGUGCAAACCGCUCUCUGCUGGGGAUCUAGUUUACUUUUCUGUUUCAGAUGGCCUUACUCCAGUUGAUACAGAUCAAGAUCCUGAUAAUACUCCUCUUCGGUUUCUUGGUGAGGAAAAUUUUCAAAUAGAGAUUCUCGUAUAUUGUCAAAUGACAGAAGUGACACCAGAUGUAAUGUUUUACAAACUGAAAAAUGCCCCAGGAGAAAAGGAAAGUCUGAGUACUUUGUCACUUAUUCAAACGCAAGUACUUAAGGAUCAAUUUCAAGAUUGCGAAUCUUCAACCCCGCCGAGGAAACCUGAAGUUGAUUUAGCUGUAAAGAAAAAACUGAGAGACAAAGUUUUUACCUUAAAACGAUCCGUGUCAAUAAUGGAAGACGCGGGAACCUGUUGGCUCAAACUUGGGACAGAACUUCUGAUACCAGAAGGCGAACUUCUUAAUAUAGGACCAGAUUAUUCCCGCGCUGGUGAGAGAGGACAUGCCGUACUUCAAUCAUGGAGGGAUAAGAAUGGGAAUGACGCAACUGUUGGAUGCCUUUUAGACGCCUUUGAAAACAUUGGUCAAAAAAAGAUUGCAGAUUUACUGUUCGACCUUGAACUCCAGGAAAUGUAUAAAGAUCAGACGGAAACGAGUCGAAAACUUGGAGAGGACACGGCAAGUCUGAGGUCAGAGAUUGAGAUAUACAAAGACCUCAUCAACACACUUCGUGAUGAAUUGAGCCGGAUGCGUUCACUGUUGGAACCACAAUCAACCUAAAUAGGAAAAAAAAAAGA